AUAUGUGGUUGUAAUUAUACUUUUUAGAACAACCACAGUUGCAAACUUUCGUUUCACUACCAAAACAAGUCGACAUGGAUGAGAUCGAGACAGAUAUGGAUUUGGAAGUGGUGGAUAACAAUAUUAACACUAUUUCUGACGAGGUAUCCCUCCUGACUGAUGGAGUACGGCCAGCCACUACCGAGGAACUUGUUGAAAUGUUAAAACUUGCUGGUACAGAAAUGACUGUCAAAUAUUUAACAGGGGAAGUCACUUUUGAAAACUUUUCCAAAGUGCUUGAAAAAUCAAAGAAAAGUGUUGAGUCUAAAGCGCCCCCUGCUGAGAGACAGGUUUCCUCUACAUAUGCCACGGGGAACAUACCAGCUUUUGAUCAGUUGUUAGAGGAAGCUUCACAGGAGGAUGUUGUCGAUUAUGAAGAGGAUGAAGAUUACGAAGAGGCCGAGGAAGCCAAGCAGGAACAGUUUUAUGACAAAGAUGAAGACUGGCUUCCAGAGAGCAAAAGUAAGAAAGGAAAAUCUAAGGAAGAGAAACACGCAGGUGAAAGAAAGAAAAAAAAAAGAAAGCAAAGAAAGAAAACAUUUGAUGUGCCUAAAGAGCUGGCUGGUGUCAAGGGGCAGGCAAUGCUUCUUCGAGCUCAGGGGAAAACAGAUGAAGCUGUUAGUUUGCUGUACGAGAUUAUCAAUAGAAUGCCCAAAGCUGCGAUGCCAUUUGAAACCCUUGGCAGUAUCCAUGAAGAUAAAGGAGAACUGGCCCAAGCUCUCAAGUUCUACAUGGUAGCCGCGAACCUUAAGGGCACACAUGCUACUGAGUGGAUGGACCUGGCGGAGAUGUGCAUUGCACAGAAAGAGGAGAAAAUGGCUCUUAUUUGUUUUUCUAAAGCUUUGAGAAAUGCCACAACCAAAGAUGGCAAGCUUGUAAUCCUUCAAAGGAAGUGUGAGUUUCUGGAACCUUCAGUCAUCAAAGUCUUGCAGUGCAAAGAACAAAUGCUCCAGUUUAUGGAUAGGUCCGAGCCCAGAGCCAUUCUGACAUUUGCAAGACACAUCGCCAAUGAGUUUUUAGAGAAUGAGGAUGAGAAUGGAGCUAUAUCAGUGUAUCAAUACAUUCACAGAGAAUUUCCUAACGACAUUGACUCUGAAGAUGUCCAUCAUCUGGCAGAACUUUUGAUGUCACAGAAAAGUUAUGAAAAAUGUAUUGAGAUUAUUAUACAACAUUGUGGCGUUGAAACAGUUUUCUCUGGCACCACUCCAUCAUCGGAGGAACUUGCAAUGACAAUAGAGAAAUUUAGUCGUAAGGAAGUGACAUUGGACAGGUUGACAGUUCCUCAUUUGAUGCCAAUUGACUUAAGGUCAAAACUAGUUCAAUGUAUAUUGUUAACUAGGUCUUUAUCUUCACUAGAUAUAUUAAAGGAAUUAAUCAACAGUGUUAUCGAGCCUGAUGUGGAGCACUAUGGAGAUGCACACUAUGAUAUAGCUGAAAACAUGGUGGAGUGUGGUUUUCUAGAAGAGGCUCGGCCGAUAUUAUUUUCCUUGACGAAUUCACAGAAUUUCAAUAAAGCCGCUGUGUGGUUGACUUAUGGUCAAUGUUUGAAUGCACUGGGGGACAUCAAGGAGGCUGCCAAGGCUUACACUCAUGUUGUGGAACUGGCUCCUGGACAUUACAAUGCAAGGGUCACUUUGUCCUCACUCUUGCAACAGAUGGGUCAAAAUGACAUAGCCCUGGAUAUAUUGUCGAAAGGACCAACAGAGGAAGGAGAAGCCACUGCUGAUCAGUUACUACUUAUGCACAAAUGUCAACUGCUUCAUUCUCAAGGGAAACUUAAUGAGUUCAUAUCGACCACCAAAAAGUUGCUGUCUUACCAUAUCCCAGGACAACUGAAGCCAGAUUUUAUAAAAAUUAUGUUGGCAUUGAGAACAACAAAGAGUCGCCAUAGUUUGCUUUGUACAAUGGCUGGUAAAAAAGUUCAGACAGAAAAAACAGCUGAAGCGGAGACAGCGGAAAACAAAACUGCGAAAGAAAUGUCAGAAGGAGAAGCCAAAAAGUUUAGAGCCUCGUUAUGGGAUAUUUUUUUCAAGAUGUGUAAAGCUAUGUACGAGAAAGGCAUGACAGAGGAACUCCACGAGACAGUCACGCUUGGUUUGAUCUGUAAACAGUUUUCUCGUGACCAUGGUAUGGUAAAGGAUGCUGAAUUCUUGUGUUUGAAAGUGGGUCCAUUGAAUUUGAAUCUCUACCACUUGGCCAGAAGUUUCAUUAUAGAGGAGAAAGAAAAAACGCAGGCUUACAACUUGUAUUGUUACAUCAUGACUAAACUGAAAGAGGUCACAGAUCUGAGAUUCGCUGUCAGAGCUUUAAUGAAGAAUCCUAACUGUCUUGCACUGAUUCUAUUGAAUGGUAAUGCCAGAAUGAUCUCAGGGACUUACAAGCAAGCUUUGACGGAGUAUUUGUCAGUGUUGAGAAAGACGCCAGAUAAUGACAUGGCCCUGUUAUGCUCAGCUUUAUGUCUGGCCCACAUUGCCUCGCAGGCAUACUCCACCAGGAAAAAUGCGCUGAUUGCUCAGGUGAUUUGUUUUAUGACGGCUUAUAAAGAGAUGCGUGGGGAGUGUCAGGAAACUUAUUACAACAUUGGUAGAGUCUUACAGCAACUCAAUAUUCCCUAUGCUGCUGUGUAUUAUUUCAAGAAGGCCCUGGAGUUUCCUCCCUGUGUUGCAGACGUAGAGGGUACGUUUGAUCUUCAGCAUGAGAUUGCCUACAACCUGGCCUUGAUUUACCAGCGUUCCAAUAAUCUCAGCCUGGCCCAGUACUACAUAGACAAUUAUUGUAUUGUUUAAUCUGUACAUUUGUGAUGUAUACUUUGAAUGUACAUAUAAAUAUAUUUAUUAAUGAUUCUUGUAUAUAAAACUUCCUGAAAGAAA